AUGUUAUCUGUGGCUUUGAAGUUUAAAUCUGUAUUUGCUGGGUAUAAGAAAAAAGAACCCCACUAUAGUUAUGAACUAUCAGAGAAUUGGAGAAAAGUUGAGAAGAUUUACAAAUUUUUAAAAGUUUUUAAUCUUGCUACUCAUGUCAUUUCUGAUAGUGAGUAUCCUAUUGCAAAUUUGUACCUUUCUAAAAUUUUGAGAGUGAAACAAGUAAUUGAUAAUGCUAUUGAAGAUAGAGAUUCCUUCAUGAGAGAAAUGGCAACCUCAAUGAAAGAAAAUUUUGACAAAUAUUGGAGAGAAUGCAAUAUGGUAAUGUCUCUUGCUUGUGUUUUGGAUUCUAUGUGCAAAUUACAUUUUUCUUUAAUUUACAAAUCUGAGCAUGUGGCUGCUGAAAAUGUUGAAAAAGUGAAGAAUACAUUGCAAGAAAUGUAUGAUGAAUAUGCUGAAGAGUGUCAUGUUCAAGAAAAAGAAGCCAUUCAUCCAACAAAAUCAGAAUUAGAAGUUUAUCCUGAUGAGAGUGCUUACAUUCCUGAAGGCAAUUCUAAGUCUUUUAGUGCUUUAGAGUGGUGGAAAAAUAAUAGCCUGAAAUUCAAGAUUUUAUCUAAAAUGGCAGCGGACAUAUUAGCAAUUCCUGUCUCAACGGUGGCUUCAGAGUCUUCAUUUGGUGCUAGAGGAAGAGUUAUUGAUGAAUAUCGUUCUCGACUAAAUCAAGAGUCCAUUGAAACUCUCAUUUGUGGAGGAGAUUGGCUUUGGAACAAGUAUGAUUUGAAGAAAAAACCAAAGGUAUCAUGUGAGUAG